GGCAUGAUUAUCUGACAUGCUACUACAUCGAAGAGAAAUUGAUCCUGAAUUGUUCUUGGUUACCUCUACCCCAUGCAACAGAUUCUCUUGUGUAUACUGUGUUUUUAAAAUGGAAAUUGGAAACAAAACAACACUGUGAAAAGGUGGAAACGACCUUGCCUCUUUUAACAAGAAGAAAGCAUCAUAUUCGCAUUCAUGCAAACGUGACCAUAUGGGUAUCAGGCCGCUAUUCCCACGAGGGAUGUGUGACAACAAAGAAAAUUUCAUUCGUGCCCAGCAAAACAAAGAAAUGUCCUUCACCCUUCAGAAUAAGAGCUUAUCAGUUGUUCCACAAACUAAUAAUUAUGUGGGACUCACCAAGAGAUAUACUACAGUAUGAACUGCAAUACAAGGAAGAAAUGCAAGCAACCUCAUCCUGGAUAUCAGUUCCUAUAGAGAAUGGGAUCUUUAAUGCAACUAUCUUCAGCGUAAAUAUAUCAUCAUCAUAUGUUGCUCGCCUCAGAUGUAAACCCCCUGGUAAAAGUUGUUCUGUUUGUGCUUGGAGUGAAGAAAUUAUGAUCCCACAUAAGCUUACUGAAAAGCCAACCAUUGUGGAAAAUGCAACUGAAAAGAUAGCACAAGGAAAAAUAAGUAUCUUUCUUAAAUGGAAGACAACACAAAGCAGGAAUACCAUUGGUUACAAUAUAAGCGUCGAAAGAAUACCCCACUAUUGCCGCCACAUACGGACAUACCUCAACAUAACAGAGAACUGGGUGCAUCUGAAUCUCUCCAUGGCUUAUUACAGAAUCAAAAUAUUUGCCUAUAAUGAAGCAGGAGAAUCCCCUCCACUAACAUACCUGAUUCCAGAUUUCACUGCAAAAGCUACGGAUUUACCUGGCCAGUUCAACCUAUCAAAUCAGCAAAAUUAUUCUGUUAUCACCUGGGAUCUAAAACACAGUUCAGAUUGCAUUGUGAUCGACUGGGGCACUGGAUUAGAAGACAUGAAGAUUCAUGUUUCUACUUGGAAAAAUGAGAUACGACUAGAUGGCCUCCAACCAUAUAAGUUAUAUAAAGUAACAUUUCAUGCAUUUGACUGUCAGUGUGAGGAUUUCAUGAAACGUGAAUGGACGCUGGCCAGGACUUACUUCUAUGCGGUGGAAGGAGUUCCCAAAAAAGGUCCAGCUAAUGUAACCGUUCCAGUUGUGACGAAGCAGUCAGCUGUUGUGAAAUGGGAUGCCAUACCGACAGAAGAGUGCUUAGGAUUCCUUCUGGGUUACAGAAUUCGCUACACCGAAAUCUUGAAAAACCUCUCUGUGGCUGUUACUGUCGGUCCUUCAACUCAGAAGUACCUCAUAACGGGACUUACGGCAAAAACUCUCUAUAGAGUGCAGACCUCAGGACUCACCAGUAAGGGAGAAGGAGCUCAAAGCCAACCACAAAUUUUCACUACCCUGAAAUAUGGUAUUGCAAAGGUUUUAAGAAUUUGUUUAUUUUUCAGUAUAAAUAUUGCCGGGAUGGAUAAGUGUCAAACAAUUAAAGCAGUAGGUGGCAUCUAA